UCAUGAGGUAAAAACUUUGGAAAGCUGCCACUGGAGAUGGUGUACAACAAUCUGGAAUCCUUGAGGAGUCUCCCCCCGGUCGUUGGAGGUUUGGGAAGCAGCUGAUAACAGCCGGCAGGGCUCUUGCGAGGAUUCAAGUUUCAGAGCCCCGGAGGAGCGGCGCAGAGGGGGAGAGCGUGGCGAGAGAAUGAAGAAACCAACUGCCCGGGAGAAGCAUGAGGUGGCAGUGUGGCACUCGGUUUAGAAGGCUCAGGCCAGCGGCGGCACCAUGGGCAGCCCUGCUGGCCCUGGGCCUGCCCGCAUGGCUGUGGGCACUCUUGGCCCCUGUGGCCGCCGUGGGCCCUGAGCAGCAUGCCUCGCCAGCCGGCCAGCCCCCACUGGACUGGCUGCUCAGCGACCGGGGACCCUUCCACCGCGCUCAGGAGUAUGCUGACUUCAUGGAGCGCUAUCGCCAAGGUUUCACCACCAGAUACAGGAUCUACAGGGAAUUUGCCCGUUGGAAAGUGAGCAACUUGGCCCUGGAAAGGAAGGAUUUCUUCAGUUUGCCACUGCCCCUAGCCCCAGAGUUUAUCCGGAACAUCCGCCUCCUGGGAAGGAGACCCAACUUGCAGCAGGUUACUGAAAACUUGAUCAAGAAGUACGGCACUCAUUUCUUACUUUCUGCCACCCUUGGAGGAGAAGAGUCCCUGACUAUCUUCGUGGACAAGCGGAAACUGAGCAGGAAAACAGAAACAGCAGGAAGUUUCCCUGCAGCUGGGGGCAGUGGGAACAGCUCGGCUGUGUCCCUGGAGACCCUUCACCAGCUGGCAGCCUCCUACUUCAUCGACAGAGAGAGCACCCUGCGGAGACUGCACCACAUCCAGAUAGCCACGGGGGCCAUUAAGGUCACGGAGACUCGGACUGGUCCUCUGGGCUGCAGCAACUAUGACAAUCUGGACUCGGUUAGUUCUGUCCUGGUGCAGAGUCCAGAGAACAAAGUGCACUUACUGGGCCUGCAGGUGCUACUGCCCGAGUACCUGCGUGAGCGCUUUGUAGCCGCAGCACUCAGCUACAUCACGUGCAGCUCUGAAGGAGAGCUGGUGUGCAAGGAGAAUGACUGCUGGUGCAAGUGCAGCUCCACCUUCCCAGAAUGUAACUGUCCUGACGCUGACAUCCAGGCCAUGGAGGACAGCCUGCUGCAGAUCCAGGACUCCUGGGCCACUCACAACAGGCAGUUUGAGGAAUCCGAAGAGUUCCAGGCCCUGCUGAAAAGGCUGCCUGAUGACCGCUUCCUGAACUCCACAGCCAUCUCCCAGUUCUGGGCCAUGGACUCCAGCCUCCAGCAUCGCUACCAGCAGUUGGGCACAAGCUUGAAGAUGCUGUUCAAGAAGACCCACCGAAUCGUCCGCCGACUCUUCAACCUCUGCAAACGCUGCCAUCGGCAGCCCCGCUUUCGCUUGCCCAAGGAGAGGUCCCUGUCCUAUUGGUGGAACCGAAUCCAGUCCCUCCUCUACUGUGGAGAAAGCACCUUGCCUGGUACCUUCCUGGAGCAGAGCCACAGCUGCACCUGCCCGUAUGACCAAUCUUCCUGCCAGGGCCCCAUCCCAUGUGCCUUGGGUGAAGGGCCUGCAUGUGCCCACUGUGCUGCAGAUAAUAGCACACGCUGUGGGAGCUGUAAUCCAGGCUACGUGCUGGCUCAGGGAUUGUGCCGGCCAGAGGUGGCAGAGUCCCUAGAGAACUUUCUAGGCCUGGAGACUGACCUGCAAGACCUGGAGCUGAAGUACCUGCUCCAGAAGCGGGACAGCCGCAUUGAAGUGCACUCUAUCUUUAUCAGCAAUGACAUGCGUCUCGGCAGCUGGUUUGAUCCUUCCUGGAGGAAGCGUAUGCUGCUCACCCUGAAAAGCAACAAGUACAAGCCUGGGCUGGUCCAUGUCAUGUUGGCCUUGUCUCUGCAGAUCUGCCUCACCAAGAACAGCACCCUGGAGCCUGUCAUGGCCAUUUAUGUCAACCCUUUUGGGGGAAGCCACUCAGAGAGCUGGUUCAUGCCUGUGAAUGAGGGCAGCUUCCCAGACUGGGAAAGGACUACUGUGGAUGCAGCUGCUCAGUGCCAAAACUGGACUAUUACCUUGGGGAAUAGGUGGAAGACCUUCUUUGAGACAGUCCAUGUUUACCUACGGAGCCGAAUCAAGUCCUUAGAUGAUAACUCCAAUGAGACAAUCUACUAUGAACCCCUGGAGAUGUCUGAUCCCUCCAAGAACUUGGGUUACAUGAAAAUCAAUACCUUGCAGGUCUUUGGCUAUAGCCUACCCUUUGACCCGGAUGCUAUCCGGGACUUAAUUCUCCAGCUGGACUAUCCGUACACUCAAGGGUCCCAGGACUCUGCCCUUUUGCAGCUCAUUGAGCUUCGGGACAGAGUGAACCAACUUUCCCCACCUGGCAAAGUUCGACUCGAUCUUUUCUCCUGCCUACUUCGGCAUCGGCUCAAGCUGGCCAAUAAUGAGGUGGGCAGGAUCCAGUCCUCCCUGAGGACUUUCAAUUCUAAGCUACCAAACCCCGUGGAGUAUGAGACAGGCAAACUCUGUAGCUAAUGGGGGGGAGGCCCACGCCAGCACUUGGAAGAAAUGAGAUGCAUGAAUACAGGGUACAACUCUUAUUCAAGCCCUCACCUUCGUGCCAACAGGGUGCUCCCGUGAGACUUUCUGCCCUCAGGCUUGGACUGAAGGAGCCAGGAGAGAAAGAGGCAGCCAGCAUACAUGUGCACACACACACUUGCACAGGGGAGCUAUGACUCAACAGUCUCAGGUCUGUGAAGUCAAGUGCUUGCUACAAUAAUUGCAACUGGAGGAGAAGAGCCAAGGAAGAGAUUACGAAAAAGAACCAGCCCAA